GGGUUGGAGGAACCACUACCACGCCGCUCUCAACAACUUGCGCUAGCCAUAUGCGUGUGCAUCGGAAUGUCUUCAGGGUUCGUCAGUGGUGGCAAUGCCGGGGAGGAAGUGCAACGCGACGAUGAGUGGAAAAGGGCGCAGCAGGAAAUUGAAGAUGCCAGACGUGCCAAAGCCGAGCUAGCAAAGCAGCACGACGGCAAGAGUCUGUACGAAGUCUUGCAGGCCAACAAAGACAAGAAGCAAGCUGAGUUUGAGGAGAAAGCACGCUACAAGCUCCAUGUUGCCCUUGACGACGACGAAGCCGACUACCUGGAUUCAAUUCUUGAGAAGAAGCGCCUGGAAGAAGCCAACGUCAAGAAAGAAACGACUGAGCAGCUGCAUCUAUUCCGAAGGCAGCGUGAAGAGGCGGAGAGAAAGGCGCGUGGGCUUGAAGAGGAGAGUGCAGAGCCGACGCAGGAGCAUGGUGCCGAACAAUGGGCUGCUGCUGGAAAGAAGAGGAAGAAAGGGCCUGAAGUCGGACUACUCAAGGGCGUCAAGCUGAGGAAAUCUAGUUCCAUCUCAGAGGAGCAGAAGCCUGCUGAAAAAUCACAGUCGACGAAAGAGACGACCCAGCAAAAUACUACGGACAUUUCUUCCCAAACGAAUACCAAGGCCAAUACCACGAGUUCCGCAAAACCACCGGUCGCCAACGUACAGCCCUCAACAAACGCAUCUGCGUCCAAGACAGGAAACCCACUUUCACUCGGAUUAGGCUACACCUCUUCCGAUGAUGAGGACUAAUUUCUCUAUCGGCUGUGCUGCAAGUUUGAGCUUCUGGCGUUAGCGGAAUUUAGAGCUCAUUCCAACCAUCCUGUUCGGAGUUGUAACGUUUUUGAUGCCGCCCUCUUGAGAACCACGUAGCUGGUAAUGGAGAAACCAAGCCAAGAAGAGAACUCGGUUGUUCAGGAAAAAAACUCAUAUCACACGUCGACGCCUUCCAAAUGCCAGAUCGGGAUUCACCAGAAUAUAUCCAAUUUGAAAAUACAGCUGGUUUAUGCAAAGGUAGCUAGAUGGGUAAUAGCCCGGCUAAAGUGCGUGCUUCAUAUGUAUUUCCAUAACGCUCAUGCGGCUCAUGGAAGCAGAAUUUCUCGGAAACAAUGUUUCACUCGUGUACUUGUUAUUA